UGAGUAAGUGUGGAUUACUGACCGUGGGCAUGCCUGCUGCAAGACCCUGAAUAAGCUGCUAAAAGAUCAGAUGUUAAACAAGAUGCCUUCGCUUGGACUGUGGCUUGGUGUGCUGGUAGGACUGUGCAUUGGGCACUCGCAAGGAUGGCUUUGGUUCAAUAGCCCAAAGGACGACAGCAAGAGCACUCAGACACCAGCCUAUUUUACUACUUUAGGCACAACUUUUCCAACAAGUGUACCUGCAACAGAAUCCCUGAGGACAGAAGGCACAUCUGCUUCAGGUGUGGAUGUCCUUACUAAGGGUGAGGAGAUGAGGCAAUCUAGAGCUGGAUCAGCCGGGAAUGAGCAGUCAAAAGCAGAGGUAGAGCAUGGUUCUGGGUUAGAGUCUGACUCUGGAUCUGGAUCAUGGUCUCUUUCUGGGACUGUUGUUGAACCUGAAUCCGGGCCUACACCUGCCACUUUGUCUGCUUUGCUGGAAAAACAGGAACUUAACACUGUUCAAAUCAAUUUGUCUACUGUUGGGGAUACUUUUCAUGUUCUUGCAGAGGAUACUAAGCUGCAGAUGAAUCUGACCAAAGCGGAUGUCUCCCAAAUGGAUGAACACAUUGCCAAGGCUGCUGGUUCCCCUGGUGACCCCAUUACGACAGUGGAUAGAGGUGUGUCACUCUCACAGCUGAUUGGUUUCCCUCUUCCUGAUGGUGUCACCAAGAGUUACGACCCAGACCCUGGCUUUGUGUUUGAUAUGAACUCCAAGACUGGUCAGCUGGCUCGUGCACACUUGCCCGCAUCGUUUUACCGUGACUUCUCUCUCAUGUUCAACCUCAAACCAACUUCCACCAAACCUGGAGUCAUCUUCUCAAUCACGGACACCCAACAAAAAAUCAUGUACGUGGGGGUGAAACUUACAGCCACGAAGGACGGAAAGCAGAAUAUUGUUUUGUUCUACACUGAGCCGGACUCCCAGGCUUCCUACGAGGCUGCAAGCUUUACUGUUCCCUCCCUUUUCAACUACUGGAAUCGUUUCUCUAUCAGUGUCUUGGAUGAUCAAGUCACCCUGUACCCCAGUUGUGAUUCAGAGCCACAGACGAAGCCGUUCGAGCGCUCCCCAGAUGAAAUGGAGCUGGAAGCAGGGGCUGGGCUCUUUGUGGGUCAAGCUGGAGGUGCUGAUGAUGACAAGUUUGUGGGUAUUAUUGGAGAUCUGAAGGUAGUUGGGGACCCUCGUGCAGCUGAACGGUAUUGUGAGGAAGAAGAGGAUGAUUCCGAUGGGGCCUCGGGUGAUUAUGGAAGUGGUGAUUAUGAAAACAAGCCAACAGUCUCGAUCACAAGCCAACCUUCCAAACCACUACAGCAGCCGCCAGUGCACCCUACUGUGGUAACAGUGAGCAAAGAUGUGGCCAAAGGCUCAGUUGAUGGCUAUGGACGAAUUUCUGGCUCAUACGGUGAUUCUCGUGGAACAUCUGGCUCACAUGGUAAUUCUGGAAGGUUGUCUGUCUCAUACGAAGAUUCUUUUGGCACUUCCGACAAUUCACACCGAACAUUUGGCUCGUAUGACAAUUCUGAUUUAACAUCUGAUAUACAUGACGAUUCCCGGCGUACAUCUGUCUCGGUCGGUGGGACACGGACUUCAGGCUUAAUCCACGGUAGCAGGCAAACCUCCGACCGAACCGCCGAUUCAAGCUCUGGGAAAGUAAUAGGUUUGUCUGAUGUCUCCCGACAUACACAUACUGUGAGUACUGGAGGUCGAGGAGUUUCGGGGUCCAGUGUUGAGAGAGGCUACUCUGUGGAUCUGAGGCCUGGGAUUUCCAGCUCCGAAGUGCUUACAGCAACAGGAGCUCGGGGAGAAAAGGGUCAAAAAGGGGAGCAAGGACCUAAAGGAGAUCGUGGCCCUGAGGGCCCCAAGGGAGAUGGAGGGUCUAGGACUGGCUCUGGAGGCGGUGCCAAAGGAGAGAAAGGUAGCCCAGGAGAAAAAGGAAUGAAGGGUGCUGCAGGAUUUGGCUAUGCUGGACAAAAAGGUGACCAAGGACCUCCUGGUCCUGCUGGUCCUCCUGGUCCUCCCGGGCCGAGUGCUGAGAUAGUGGAAAGGGGAGACGGCACAGUAAUGCAACGUGUUGCAGGACCGAAGGGACCACCAGGACCUCCAGGACCUCCGGGGCCUGCCGGACCAGAAGGAGAAGCUGGUGACCCUGGUGAAGAUGGAAAAGCCGGACCACCUGGACUACCUGGUUUCCCAGGAACCCCUGGAGAUACUGGAGCUAAAGGAGAAAAAGGUGACAAGGGUGAAGGUCACCCUGGACCCAGGGGACCACCAGGACCUCCGGGACCUCCAGGACCACCUUCUCGCUCAGACAGACCUACAUUUGUGGACAUGGAGGGCUCUGGCUUUGGUGAUCUAGAGGGGCUGCGGGGAUUGCCUGGUUUGCCUGGUCUUCCUGGCCCACCAGGCCCACCCGGACCCGCAGGACCUAUAGGUCCCGCUAAUGUUUUAAAUGCUUCUGUUCCUGGUGUACCCGGACCUGCUGGCCCACCUGGAAAGGACGGUGCUCCAGGACAACCGGGACUUCCAGGCCUCCAGGGUGCUGACGGAAAACCCGGCCUGCCUGGCCCUAAAGGAGAGAAGGGUGAUACCGGUGCGCUCGGCUUACCUGGAGCUGUGGGAGAAAAGGGUGCACAAGGGCCUCCUGGUUCUCCAGGACAACCCGGACAGACUGGCCUGGCUGGCCUUCCAGGACCAAUGGGACCUGUCGGACCACCUGGGCCUCCAGGGCCAAGCUACCAUGCUGGAUUUGACGACAUGGAUGGUUCAGGUAUAAGCAUUUUCGAUAAUGUACCUGGAGUCAGAGGACCUGAAGGCAUACGGGGUCCACCUGGCCUGCCAGGUCAGCCUGGAAUUCCUGGGCAAAAAGGAGAAAAAGGCAAUGUGGGACUUCAAGGAAAAGCUGGCCAUCAUGGGCUUGAUGGCUUUCCUGGACCUGAGGGACCCCAGGGAGAGCGUGGAAUGAAAGGAGAUAAAGGUGAUCCAGGUCGUGAUGGUGUUGGCCAUCCAGGCCCUCCAGGGCCACCUGGACCUCCAGGAGAAAUUAUCCACAAGUCUACAGAUGGCUCUGGCAUCCCUGGUCAAGCAGGAUUCCCAGGCCCGAUUGGACCAAAGGGUGAGAGAGGAGACCCAGGUGCUCCAGGUCAUGGAAUUAAGGGCGAGAAAGGAGAACCUGGUGUGGUUAUUGGACCUGAUGGAAGUCCUUUAUUCCUCGGUUCAGGUGUUGGUCAAAAGGGGGAAAGGGGACCUCCUGGACCAGUUGGACCUCCUGGAGCAUAUGGUUCUCCCGGCAUGAAGGGCGAGAUCGGAAUGCCAGGCAGGCCUGGACGGCCAGGUAUAUUUGGAGGUAAAGGUGAAAAAGGAGAGCCGGGUACUGGAUCAGCAUAUGGUUAUCCUGGUCCACCUGGACCUCCAGGUCCUCCCGGUCCCCCAGGACCCUCAACAUACGCUACAGCUGUAGACAGAUUUGGUAGAUAUGACGAGUCUGAGAGAGUGUAUCCAGGUGCUAAAGGAGAGAAAGGAGAUCGUGGGAUCCCUGGUCUUCCUGGCACACCAGGCAACAUUGACAUUUACGCUCUGAAGCAUGAGUUGAAGGGUGAACGUGGAGACCCUGGAAUGAAAGGAGAGAAGGGAGAGCCAGGUGGACACUAUGGUCCUCACUAUGAAGGUGUUCAGGGACCACCAGGACCUCCUGGUCCUAAAGGAGAUUCUAUCAGAGGGCCUCCUGGUCCGCAGGGUCCACCAGGAUCUCCUGGUGUUGGUUAUGAUGGCCGUCCAGGAAACCCAGGACCACCAGGACCUCCUGGGCCUCCUGGUUCACCCUCAUUACCUGGGGCUCACAGGCCUACAAUCAGCAUUCCUGGUCCUCCUGGUCCUCCUGGCCCAGCUGGGUUGCCUGGCCAAAACGCUGGAGUAAUAAUACUGAGAACCUAUGACUUAAUGCUCGCAACAGCGCAGAGACAACCGGAGGGUGCUCUCAUCUACGUAUUAGACAAAACCGAUCUCUAUAUCAGAGUGCGUGAUGGCUUCAGACAAGUCAUGCUUGGGACUUAUAACCCCUUCUACAGAGAUUCAAACAACGAGGUGGCAGCGGUACAGCCUCCCCCAGUAGUGCAUUACCCUUCCAGCCACCCAACAAAUAACGGAGCAGGGGAUUACGCUCAUGUUGUUGACCCUGCAGUCAGGCAGCCGGAGAGCCCUGUGAGCGAGCAUCCUCAGCCAGUCGUUGAUCCACCUUACAACCCGCCGUACUCCUCUCACCCAGACAUCAGGUACCCACCUCAGCCGGACCACAGAUAUCCGUCCUACCCUGAUCAUCAGUACGUCCCUGUUCAGCCAGAGAGAUACCCCAGUACCCCGAUCCACAGACCCAGCACACCCGUCCAUCAGCCUGAGGAUCAUGUGCACACAUCAGGACCAGGGCUGCAUCUGAUCGCCCUGAACAGCCCUCAGGUAGGGAACAUGAGGGGCAUUCGUGGCGCAGACUUCCUGUGCUUCCAGCAGGCACGUGCUGCAGGCCUGAAGGGAACAUUCAGGGCUUUCCUGUCCUCCAGACUGCAGGAUCUCUACAGCAUCGUUCGCAAAUCCGACAGAGACACAUUGCCUAUUGUCAACCUCAAGGACCAAGUGCUGUUCAGCAGCUGGGAAUCGCUGUUCGGUGAUUCGGAGGGCAGGAUGAAGACCAACGUACCUAUAUAUUCAUUUGAUGGCAGAGAUAUCUUUAGGGACAGUGCUUGGCCAGAGAAGAUGAUCUGGCACGGCUCCAACGGUAAGGGUCACCGUCAAAUGGAUAACUACUGUGAGACAUGGAGGACGUCGGAUCAUGCCGUGAUGGGUCUGGCUUCGUCUCUGCAGGCCGGCCAGCUCCUACAGCAGAAAGCCAGUAGCUGCUCCAGCAACUUCAUAGUGCUGUGUGUUGAGAACAGCUACAUCACACAGUUUAAGAAGUAAAUGAUGCAUCAGUUCUAUAGAGUGCAGACCCCAUUAGGUUAACUGUCUGGGCAGAUUAUUAUUAUUAUUAUUUUUUUUUUCAAUUUUCCACCCUGUUUAUAACGUGAACAACAAAAAGAAAUGGAAAAUAAAAAUAAAAAAGACAGGGACUGGGUCUGCAUCGCAAAGAGGCUGCCCGCUGUCCUCUGGUUCCUUUUAUAAUGCCAACAAGACAGGCUGUUGGCGCUGUCUGCCGGCAUUGGCACAUAUUUUCUAGGAGGGGUUUGAACCAGAGAGGACAGGAAAUGCAGAGAGGCAGGGUUUUUUUUUUUCCAAUUGUAUUUUUCCAUAUAAAAUUGUAUAUGAAUUGUUUGUCGUUCCAACUGUUUUCUAUGUUUCUUUAUUAAAAACACAUGUCUUAAGUGUUAUAUUUAACCAGUUUUAGCUACGUAUUUUGUGUAACUUUCUGUUGUUUCUGUUUAUUGAUUCUGUUUCCAUUUAAGAUUUUUUUUUUUUUUUUUUUUUUUUAAUAAGGGGCAGACAUCUCUAAAACCGUUUUAGAUUUUACAAAGAGAGUAAAUAUUUAUUUUGUCCUAAAACAAACAAACAAGAAAACUCAAAAAUGAUAAAUUUGAAACAUACAGUAGAAUACAGUUUUAUUUUAUUUUAGCUAGCACUUUUUUUUUUUUUUUUUUUUUGCAGAUUAUGACUUGUAUAUACACAGGUGAAAGUGUGAACCUAAAAUAGGCUUUUCCUAAAACCUUUACCACAGGAGACUAGUUUUGUGAUUCCUUGAAUUUCAGUAUUUAGCCCCUUAAAAAACACUUUUUUUUUUUUUCUUAUAAAAAUGUCACCUGUGUACAAAGUAUGAUCAGUUGGAGUUAAUUCUCUGUAAUUGUUUUUGUUCAUUCCAAUCCAUUUACACAAAAACGAGAAAAAUAACAUUCUCCAGUAUAUUUCAGAGACCACUAAAGGUUUUAUAGGUGCUUUUUAAUUCAAAAUCUCUACCAUUUUAAACUCAAUCAUUUACCACUAAGUGGGAAACGUAUCCAGUUGCUGCUUUCUGAAAAUCAGACGUGUACGCUUAGUACGGAGAGUAAUUUAUGAAAUGACGUGGUUUUAUAACACGUCUGUGUGAAUUGUCAAAUGCUAACUCUGCUGUUAAGCUGGUGAUAUAAGUAUGGCCCUGUGUAACUCACGUCGUUUUUGUAACUGUUACGUGCUUUAUCAUUUUUACAUGGCACUGAAUAAAUGAUUUUUUUCACCAUUCACAUAAAAAAACAUGGUAUCAGUAG